UCUCUGCCUGGCUCUGCAGCUGUGGUCUGCUGAGCGUCACCUCCACACAGCAAGUGCCUUUACUUGAGCAGAAGAGGAAGAAGGAAGAGGAGGGUAGCUGCAAGAGAGAGAGAAAAAGAACCCCAGGAGUGUGUCUGAACGCACCAGAGGAGCAUCUCUCUGACUUCGCAGAGAGGGCUGAGAAGUGCACAGAGACAGACGGGCAGAGGCAGGAGGCGUUGGAGUAUCACAGCGCUGGUGGUGCUGGCAGAGCAUGCUGAGUGGAGACAGGGGAAUCCACUGGCGCUGUUGAUCCUGGUGUCCCUGGCAGAAGCUGCUUGAGCAGGAGACAGAAAACGGCGCAGCAGCCAGGACUUUGCCGGGGGGGCAGCAUUUUACAGCGACAACGAAGCGUGGAGACAGCUGAAACCUGCACACACACACACACACACACGCCGAAACACACGGGAAAACACACAUGCACACAGCUGAGUGGGGAAGGAUAGUCAGACACACACUGCAUUUAAAAGAUUAACUACAACCUUCUUCUUCUUCUGAAACACACAAACUUACACAGGAAAACAGAUACUAAAUGUUACAUUUUCUUGCCUGUGGAUGGUGGAUGAUGGAGAGGAAAACUUCUGGAAAGGAAAUUCUCUUUUAAGCAGGACUUACUGCAGAGCAUUUCACACUAAGAAUAACUUCCUAUUUUUGGGAGUUGGAGGUUUAAACCCCCUAUCUAAGCACAACACAAAAUAACCUCUAUUCUUAGUUGCAGAAAUUGAGAGCGGUCUUUGUGACCAUUAAGAUGCCUCGUCCUGAUUCAGUCUUAGCAGUAAGUGGAUUAUGACGGCAAUAUUUUGGGAUUUCUCUUUCGCUUGAAAAAAAAGAAAAAGAGAAAUAUAUCCAUGACUGGUGGAUUUACAUCUGUCAGAGAAGGAGAGGAUCCCGUGCGUUUUCUCCUCUCUUCUCCUGUGGAUUACAGAUGGGCUUUGUGAUCUCCCAGUGCAGUCUCAUGGAUGAUCGCUCGCUGCCAGUCAUUAGGAUAAAGUACAAAGAGGGACACAAGUGGCUUGGGCACGAGCGGAGAUUGAUUGAAGUGAUCUGUGUGAAUCCUAUUAAUGCAUCCUGGAUUCUGGCCAAGGCAGAAGCAGUGGAAGGGAACACCGCUGUCUAGCAGCACUAUCUGAUCUGCCCCCUCACUGGACAAACUGAGCACCCUCCGCACUCCCUCUUCAACAACACUCCUCCUCCUCCUCGUCUUCUCACCCAGGCAAGGAUGGUACCUCCACCUCCCACCAACAAGCCACACGUGUGCCUUUCCACCAUCCUGAUCAUGAGCAGCAUGGCGCUGAUUGACGCCUACCUGGUGGAGCAGAACCACGGACCACGCAAGAUUGGCAUCUGCAUCAUGGUGAUGGUGGGAGACAUCUGCUUCCUAAUUGUCUUGCGUUACGUGGCGGUGUGGGUGGGUGCUGAGGUACGCACAGCUAAACGAGGCUACGCCAUGAUCCUCUGGUUCCUUUAUAUCUUUGUGCUGGAGAUCAAGGUCUACUUUGUGUAUCAAAACUACAAGGCAGACAGGAAGAGCCUGGAUGCUCUCGCAAGGAAAGCGUUGACGUUGCUGCUGUCCAUUUGCAUCCCAGUGCUGUUUGUGGUGCUGGUUGCUAUCGACCACAUGGAGUAUGUUCGCGCCUUCAAGAAGCGUGAGGAGAUCCGUAAUCGCCUCUUCUGGGUGGUGGUGGACUUGCUGGACAUACUGGACAUCCAAGCCAACCUGUGGGAGCCUCAAAAGAAGGGGCUUCCCUUGUGGGCAGAGGGCCUGAUGUUCUUCUACUGCUACAUCCUGCUGCUCGUGCUGCCCUGCGUGUCCUUGAGCGAGAUCAGCAUGCAGGGCAUCAACAUCGUGCCCCACAAGAUGCUCCUGUACCCCAUCCUCAGCCUGGUCACCAUCAACAUCAUCACCCUCUUCAUCCGCGGGGGGAACAUGAUUCUGUACAGGGACGCCAGGGUAUCCGGGAUCCUGAUAGGAAAGAACGUCCUGGCCAUCAUCCUAAAGACCUGCAGCUUUGUGCAGUACAGGAGACAAUUGCAGAACGCUUCUCCGGCCUUCGGGGUGGAGCUGCAGAAAAACUCGGCCCACGCUCGCCCUGCCCCCACUCCUCCUCAAGUGGUCAUGCAGGACCAGACGCCCCUCCCCGAGGUGACGACGUGCGAGCACACAUGACAGAAUGGUGAGGUGAAUCUUGGAAAUGUCAAUAUGAAUAUACAUGACCCUCAGGACGCUGGCAGGGCACAAUGUUCCACACCUUUUAGGGCAUGUGAACACUCAUGUGAACACACGGGAGAUCAUGAUCUCCACUGAUGCUUAAUGGCACACAGGACACUGCAGACGCUUAGCGAGGAUAGAGCAGUGCUGUAUCCAAAGCUGUCAUGGUGCAAAAUACAGUAUCACUUGUGACUUUGUUAAAGCAUUUCUCCCAAUGAAUUCAGUUAACUGUGUAUUUUUUCUAAUUAAGAAAAAAGAGAAAAAAAGGGCAACUACUGCAAGAUUAGAGGAUAUAUUUUUGAAUUGUGUGUGUUGCAUUCUAAUCUUAAACUUAAGGGUCUGUGUGCUGUUGUGUGUAUUUCUGUUGCUCGAAUGUUCUUAGAAGUCGAGGGCUUUAACACAAAGUCAGAGGGAGCAAAGUAAUGAAAAUGAAAAUAACAGUUAAAACUUUCUCUUGAGAGAAGUGUGUUUUUAUAUGUGAUUCUUUGAUAAAGUAUUGUGUACAAGAUAAAGGCUUUCCUGCUCUUUCA